AAAGCCCACCGCCAUAUAUCCACCACGACCCUCCCUUUCCGAUUCUCUUUUCACUCUCUUUCUCUUUUCUUGCUAAGCGCUAACGGUCGACCAAUCCGCCUUCAAGUUCUGGGGCCUCUGGAUCUUCAGUUCUCUUUCUUGAUUUUCUUGGCCAUGCAUAACUUUAUUUGCAGGGAAAAAGAAAUGAUUUUUUUCUUGGUUUUCUUGGUGAAGGAAUUUGAAAUGAAGUGUUGAUUUGGGAGAAAGUAUAAGGUGGGUUUUGUUUGGGUAUUGGAGGGUUACUUUUUGUUCCGGGUUGAGUAAUUGGUAAUGGAAGGAGGAUCUGGUAACAAUUCUGCACCUCCUUCGACUACGUUUGACAAAUCAAAAGUUUUGGACGUCAAACCGCUGCGUACUUUGGUACCUGUGUUUCCAUCGAGCCCUCAGACUCCGCCGUUUGUUUGUGCACCUCCUUCUGGCCCUUUUCCAACUGGGUUUACCCCGUUUUACCCUUUUAAUGGACCGCAACCCAACCCUCCUGACCUCAACCAACAGACCCACACUCCAGCGCCACUUCGAUCUUUCCGGGCCCCCCUGUCUAAUGGAGAGGUGUCUAGAGAUGGGAACGCAGAUGGUUCCAUUGAUGCCCCAACAAAGCGCCCUGUGGGGCGGCCAAGGUCUACCUCGUCUCAAAAGAAAGCCAAGAAAGACCUGGAUGUUGCCUUGUCUGUUGCUAAUACCAAGUUCGUUGUGGGGAUUUCUUUCUCUCAGAAGCAGGAUGGUGAUAGGGAAGUGGUAAAUAGUGUGCGAAUGAGGUUUGAUGCCCUUAGGAGAAGGCUUAGCCGAUUAGAGGAUCCCAAGGAAUCUGUUAGCCGUGCAGAUUUGAAAGCGGGAAAGAUUCUGAUGAAGAAAGGGGCGAGGACAAAUGCGAGAAAGAGAGUUGGAGUGGUUCCUGGAGUUGAAAUUGGGGAUAUUUUCUUUUUCCGAAUAGAGAUGUUGUUGGUUGGGUUGCAUGCCCAGUCCAUGGCUGGGAUUGAUUGCAUGGUUGUGAGAGGUGAAAUAGAAGAUCUUCUGGCUGUAAGCAUUGUCUCCUCUGGUGGGUAUGAUGAUGAGGCAGAGGAUAAGGAUGUUUUGAUUUAUAGUGGGCAUGGGGGCAAUGUCAACAGUAACAAGAAGGAUAAGCAAAUAGCUGAUCAGAAGCUUGAGAGGGGUAACCUUGCAAUGGAGAGGAGCUUGCACCGUAACAAUGAAGUGAGAGUCAUUCGGGGUAUGAAGGAUUCCAUUAGUGCAACAGCAAAGGUCUAUGUGUAUGAUGGGCUAUAUAGGAUCCAGGAGUCAUGGGUGGAAAAGGGGAAAUCUGGUUGCAAUAUAUUCAAGUAUAAGCUGCUUAGGUUGCCUGGGCAGCCAAGUGCUUUUGCUGUUUGGAAAUCAAUUCAGCAGUGGCGUGAAGGGUUUUCUUCAAGGGUUGGUCUAAUUCUGCCAGACCUCACUUCGGGGGCCGAAAGUAUCCCUGUUUCACUCGUUAAUGAUGUUGAUGAAGAGAAGGGACCUGCCUACUUCACAUAUGUUGCUACUGUCAAGUAUAUUAAACCAUUUAAAUUGAUGGAGCCUUCUUAUGGAUGCAACUGUCGUAGUGCGUGUGCCCCAGGUGAUCUGAACUGCUCUUGCAAUAGGAAAAAUGGAGGUGACUUCCCUUAUACUGCCAACGGGGUUCUAGUUAGCCGGAGGCCGUUGGUUCAUGAAUGUGGUCCCACAUGUCCAUGCAUUCCCAACUGUAAGAACCGGGUUUCACAAACUGGUUUAAAGGUUCGCUUGGAAGUGUUUAAAACAAAGGACAGAGGUUGGGGACUGCGGUCAUGGGAUCCUAUUCGUGCUGGCACUUUUAUUUGUGAAUAUUCUGGUGAAGUCAUAGAAAAAGUGAAGACAAGGCAGGAUGGUGAAGGUGAAGAUGAUGAUUAUGUGUUUGAUACAACACGUGUUUAUGAGCCAUUCAAAUGGAAUUGUGAACCUGGAAUUGUAGAGGAGGAUAAUAAUGACACCACUGAGGAAUACAACAUCCCUUCUCCGCUAAUCAUAAGUGCCAAGAAUGCUGGAAAUGUAGCUCGAUUUAUGAAUCAUAGUUGCAAUCCAAAUGUUUUUUGGCAACCAGUUGCAUAUGAACAAAACAAUGAAUCCUAUGUCCGCAUUGCAUUUUUUGCAUUGAGACACAUCCCCCCUAUGACAGAGUUGACUUAUGACUAUGGGACUACCUGCACAGAUGAGGCUGAUGGUAAUAAUGCACUUCAUGGGAAAAAGAAAUGUUUAUGUGGAUCACCAAGAUGCCGGGGUCAUUUUGGUUGAAGAUUAUCUGUGAUCCAGCAUUGUGGCUGCAAGCACGGUCGGAUGAAAAGCAAUUCCUGGCGAGUGCAAAAUCUAUAUGCAUAUUUGGAGCUGUCAUUCACCAAUGCAAUGUUUGUUACUCAGUUAAAUGGGCACAUUUUGUUUUUGUUUUUCCUCAGCCGUGCUUAGCCAUGUAGGACAGCUCUACUUCUAAGGGCAGAUUUAGUUUUGGAUCCUCUGCCUUGUAAUUUUGUGCAGGACCACACGGUAGUGAAGUGUAUUAGUGCUCGCAUUAGUACUGCUCUGUAAAUUUUGCUUCUAUCCUAGGUAUUUUGUAUUUUACUGCAAAGUCAGUGUCCUUUGCAGGCCGUGGAAUGUUUGUAUGAUCCAAUCUCCAUCCCUGCUAAUGGAUUUCUCUCUCUUGCUUUCUUUUUCUGUAA